ACCACUGCUGCUUUAACUUUGGCUGCAUUAUUAUGCCUUAACUUUGUUUUUCUGUUCAUUAAUCUUGAUAAUAAGAAUAGGUAACCUAUGUAAACAGAGGGUUGUUUGUUUUGUUUAGGCGUUUGGUAAUUUUUCUCAAAGUUGGCAAUCCUUAACAUAGACUAGAAAAUUCAUGGUUUUAUUGACAAGUGUAAAGUGUUCUUUUCUAAACAAUAAAUCCAUGAAAUAAUUCAUCAAUAAAUCCAUGGGCAAAUUCAUGAAUUAGUUGAUAGAUGUAAUGUGGGCUUAAUCGUUAUGUAAACCCCAAUGAUAAGCCACGAAUAUGAACCACCCUGUACAGGGUUUAAACAAUUAAGAUUUCAAAAAUACUUUGUUUAGGAGCAACACACCUCUCCAUAAAUCCCAAAAUUUGCGUUUCUCAUUUAAUUCCUAUUCCAGGAUGAAAAUAACAAAUCCAAAAUUAAUUCUCUGAAUUUGCAAUUCAAAUUGAAUUGUGUAUUUAUUCAUUGCUAAAGAUGUUCCCAAAAACCUGUUCAUGUGUACCAAUUUCAGUGUGAAAAUGCUCAUUAAAAAGGAAGCCUAUUCCAAAGUGCAUGGUCAGUCCUAGUACAGCUGUUAACUUGUAUAUUUUCAUAUGCAGGAACAAAGUUUAAUUACAUGCGAAGGUAAGUAAGAAUUUGUACUUGAUCUGAGGUACAUUGUGUAAGUAACAUCAUGUUGACACCCGCAAGUGUUAUUCUAAUCCUUUACGCUGUAGCCACUUUGAAUUACAUAGGCACGGUAAAUAGUGCGUUUACUUAUCAAGGAAAAAUUGCAUUGGUAACUGGUGGAUCGCAAGGGAUCGGCUAUGAAAUUAUACGGGAGCUACUGCGCAAUGGACUAAAGGGUGUUACAUUGGUCGACGUUAAUGAAAAGACUGGGAGAAAAACGGCCAAGGAAUUCAAUCAGCUGUAUGCCCCUGGCAAGGUCAUUUUUAUACCAGCCGAUGUUAGUAAUGGAGAGCAAUUCGAAAACGCCUUCAAAAUCGCACUCUACCAUUGGAAGCGAUUGGAUAUCGUGGUCAACAACGCGGCAGUCUUCAACGAGAAUACCUGGAAAAUGCAAGUUGACGUCAACGUCGUUGGAACGCUGCAAGGAACUCUUUUAGGUUUCGAAUACAUGAGCAAAGCGAAGGGAGGAAGCGGCGGAACGAUAAUCAAUAUCGGGUCAAUUGCCGCAAUCGAUCCAAUUUUUUUCCUUCCGUUCAACUCGGCUACGAAGAGUUUUGUUGUCGGUCUUGGUCGCGCCUUGGGUCAUAAGAUAUACUAUGAUUACAACGAAGUGCGCGUCAUUACGCUUUGUCCCGGGACCACUAACACUUCUUCUCCCAAUAAGGUGGGAUUUCGGGAGUCGCUUUCGAACGAACUGAGUCCAUAUGUGGUAGAUGCGGCGCUGUUAUCUUCAAAAGCGUAUCCGACGCAAGCAUCCAGUAACGUUGCUAAGGGAGUCGUGACUGUUCUAAACGAAGGAGGCAGUGGAAGCGUUUGGGUGGUUGAAAAUGAUGAACCUGCGUAUGAGAUCGAUUUUCCGGAGAGGGAAUCAAUGCGUAAAGAGGGAUGACACGAGCUUCCUUCUCUAGUUAGCAAACUUGUCUUUUGUGGUUAAUAUUUUAUGUAGUUAAUAGUAGUAAACGUUGCUUUUGUAAGGUUACAUAAAAGGCCCUUCUCAAAAUCGA